AUGGGAAGAGCGCACAACAAUUUGAUGGCGCAUGAGUUUGCUGAGAGGGUUAUGGAGCUGGAAAAAGCGAAGCGUGGAAUACGCCAAGGUGACCCGAUAUCUCUGAUGUUGUUUGUACUUGUGAUGAAGUACUUACAUAGAUGCCUGAACAGCCUGGACAACAUUGUGUUACGAAAGUUCUCUAGUGCAACCGGUCUUAAUGCUCACCCGACUAAAUGCAAGGUCUAUUUUGGAGGGACCAAGCCUACUGUCAAACAAAGGAUUCUUGCUGCUACUGGUUUCUUGAAAGGUGAAUUACCGUUUAGGGGGUUUUGGAUUCAAGUUUUUCCGCUGCCACAGAAGGUAAUCAAACAAAUUGAAUCAAUUUGUAGGAGUUUCUUGUGGAGUAUAUCAGAUAUAGUUAGUAAAAAAGCACAUGUUGAUAGGGAAAAUGUGUGUGCACCAAAGAAUGUUGGUGGCUUGAACAUGGUUGCACUUCAAAUUUGGAACAAGGCCCCGAUUGCGAAACAGUUGUGGAAUAUCCAAGACAAGGAAAACAAGUUAUGGGUCUGA